AUGGUUCACACUAAAAAUCCAGCUAAACUUCGAAGCAACAAUAUUGUAUCCUCGACUCCAGUAUCACUACUUUCUGAGAAUCAGCUGUCUGAUGCUUCAGAAAACAUAAGCCUAUCGCUUCCUGUGCUAUCCGAAGAUGUCCUCAAAACAUCUGACAUACCUUUAGCAACCUGUUCAUCUUCUAACAACCAUGUCUGCUGUGAUGUUAUAAAUGGACCGAGUAAUGGAGUUGAGACAGAGAUGCCAGCUCAGUUAGCAAAACUGUACACUGCUAAUACUCCUGAAGCAAUCGAAUUUGGCCAAUGUAUUAGAAGCUAUAAUAAUAUGUUCGCAUUCACGUCUCUGGGAGUUCAUUCUGAUAAAGAGUUGAAUAAGAGAGACAGGGAAUCUAUGCAUUCAGAUUUAAGAGGCUUUGAAGACAUUUAUAACCAUAAAAUUUUCUUAAACUCGCACCCUUCUCUAGACCAGCGUGUGUAUAACACUCCAACAAUCUCUCAAGUGGCUACCAUAUGGACAGAAAAUGACCUUAAUAUAGGAGAUUCUUCUCAGCAUAUACAGGUCUAUCCAAGGAGUGGUAGACCACAAAUCAUUAAAGACUACUUUGGAUAUUAUGACACGUUACAGUAUCCCUUAAUUUUUGCAAGAGGUGAGACUGGAUGGCAUGAAGGUAUACAAAGAAUUUUUAAAGAUCAGCAGUCUGUACAAGAUUCCUUGACAUGUCAGGGCCAUGAUAUCCAUAUAGGCCAUUGUUCUUCUGCAGAGGAAAUAAUUUCAGCUGAGAAUGCAGUUUUACAGAAAAGAAAGAAAAAAAGGAACACUGUCUGUCGUGAAUACUAUUGCUACAAGUUUCAAAUGUGCCAAAUUGACAAAUCCUUGUUAUUGCACUGUGGGAGACUCUUCCAGCAAUUCUGUAUCGAUACAUAUGUGAAGAUAGAAUCAGCAAGGCUGGAUUUUCAUCGAAAUAGGCAACGACAAAUCAGAACAGAUGUUUACCAAGGAAUUUUAGACAGCAUUGCAAAUGGAGAAACCUCUGCAUCAAACGUUAGUAAACGAAUAUAUUUGCCUGCUUCUUUUAUUGGAGGUCCUCGAGAUAUGAAACGAAUAUACAUGGACGCUAUGACCCUGGUUCAAAAGUAUGGAAAACCUGACAUAUUCUUAACAAUGACCUGUAAUCCAGCUUGGCCUGAGAUCAAGAAGCAUCUAUCUAAUGGCGAAGAAGCACACAACAGACCUGAUGUAACAUUAAGAGUAUUUCGCGCCAAACUAGAGAUGCUCAGAAAUGAUAUUAUCAAAAAAGGGCUUUUUGGCAAAGUUGCAACAUACACUUAUGUUAUAGAAUUUCAGAAAAGAGGCCUUCCACAUGCACAUUUUUUGAUAAUCCUUGCAAAUGGAUGCAAAUUGGACUCACCUGAAGCUUAUGAUCGAGUUAUAUCUGCAGAAUUACCGGAUCCAGCUUCUUUCCCUUACCUCCAUUCUAUUGUGGUUGCUCAUAUGUUGCAUGGACCAUGUGGAACAACUAAUAAAAACAGCCCAUGUAUGAAACAAAAUAGAAAAUGCAGAUUUGCCUAUCCAAAGGAGUUUGCUGAAUUCACAAGACAUAAUAAGGAUUCAUAUCCUCUUUACAUGCGCCGUCAUAAUGGAAACACUGUCACAGCUCAUCACUUCCAGUUUGACAAUCGUUGGGUUGUUUCCUACAAUCCAUACUUACUUGCCAAGUAUGAUUGUCACAUCAAUGUUGAAGUUUGUUCCACAAUUGAAGCUGUUAAAUAUAUUUACAAAUAUAUCUACAAAGGACACUCAAAGAUCCUGUAUCAGCUUAAUGAAGUAGAGAAUGAUGGAGCAAUUGACGAAAUAAAAAAUUUCCAAUCUGGACGUUGGAUAUGUGCACCUGAAGCAACAUGGCGAGUAUUUGCUUUCGACCUCAGUAACUUGAAUCCAUCUGUCAUGGCACUGCAGAUACAUUUAGAAGGAGAACAGUCAAUGGUUUUCAAUGAAGAUGAUAUUCUGGAGAGAGUUGCAGUGGAUGAACGAAUGUCACGAACUAUGCUGACAGAAUUUUUUUGGAUGAAUAGUGUAGAUGCACGUGCACAGGCCCUAAAAUGUCUUUAUAAAGAAUUUCCUCAGCAUUUUGUAUGGAAUGCAACUCACAGAAUAUGGGAACCGAGACAAAGAAGAAGCACAAUUGGAAGACUAACUACAGUGCAUCCAACUCAAGGUGAAAAGUACUACUUACGGAUGUUACUAAGGCAUGUCAAAGGGCCUAUGUCUUAUGAAAGUCUAAAACACAUUGGUUCACGAACAGCUUCAACUUUCAGAGAAGCUGCAGAAAUUCUAGGCUUAUUAAAGACUGAUGAUAGUGCAGAACAAUGUUUACUUGAAGUUAAAUUUGAACCAUACCUGUCUAAAGAUAUUUCUAGAGACAAGUCUUUAUCACCUGAGCAGACAAAACUAAAAGUUCUCCAGCUCAUUGACUCUCACCUGCAAUAUAUGGGCAAACAUCUUGCUGAUUUCAACAUAGCUGUCCUUGACACUAAUGCCUUUUCCAUUCAAAGAGACACACAAGAAAUAGAAGCCGAGCUCGACAUCAAAGUUUCUGCUGAAGACAUAGCAUUAGUUGCUCUUCUCAAUGAUCAUCAAUGA